AUCACUGUUCUCCAGAGGUGUGGGUUACCCGCCCCUCUCCCUUCUACACAAACCUGGACGGAUCCGUCGCGCUGCAGUUCACAGCGGAGCCCAACACACUGACAACUGACGCGCAGCGACGCACGGUGCGUUUUGGAGCUCUGUCUUUACGCACGGGUCACACACCGCAGUGACCACAGCAGUGCACGCGUGGAUUGGGCAGCAUGCUUUGGUCUCCUGUCCUAUCAGAAACUUUUUUAGGAUUAAGGAGCAGACAUGAAUCUCCGAACUGCAGCGCUAAAGAAACUAUUUAAAAUAUUUUGGGUUUUAAAAACGUUGGGAAGUUUUUAAUUGGAAUAUCUGUACACGUUUCCUGAUAGUUGACAUUUAUGUUUUAACACGUUCGCGGGAAAGCCAGGGUUCUACCCAACACUGCAGAGAUCUGAGUUACGCACAGAAACCCUCUAACAAAUGACUCAAGUGGUUUGUGGCUCCAUCAUUUCUCCCCCCUCGCCUCCCUGUACCGCACCGACCCAGAGAGGACCACCACCCGGCGCACCAGGCUGGACGAGGGGAAUCGCACCUUGUCGAGAAUGUGGGCAGGAAGUUUGCCGACGUUUGUCGCUGGGAUUGUAACUCUGCUGUUGGUCAUUGUGGACGUGAAUGCCAGCGGGGAGUAUUGCCACGGGUGGCGCGACUCUCAGGGCGCGUGGAAAGAAGGGUUCCAGUGCCCGGAGAAGAUCGACGCAGAGGACUCAAUCAUCUGCUGCGGUAAAUGUGAGCUGCGCUACUGCUGCGCCAGCACGGACGCGCGCCUGGAUCAGGGGACCUGCGACAACGACCGGCAGGCGCAGGAGCCCGGGACUGAAACCAAAGAGAACAAAGACUCCCGGGCAGUUCCCAUCUAUGUGCCAUUCCUCAUCGUUGGCUCCGUGUUCGUGGCCUUCAUUCUGGUGGGCUCCGUGGUCGCCGUGUGCUGCUGUCGAUGCCUCCGACCCAAGCAGGAACUGUCUUCAACAGGUGCCACAGGCGGCGGGGCCACUGGUGGACGCUUAUUGGAAACCAUCCCCAUGAUGGCAAACACCUCCAGGGGCUCCUCAUCUCGACAGUCCAGCACAGCCACGUCCUCCAGCUCGUCUGCGCCGCCUGCUGCGCCCCGCAAUGCCCCGCCCCCUCUCAUGAGGGCCCAGGCCUCCUGCUGCCUCCCUCCUGAUGCCAGCGUCUUCGUCAACAUGCCCACCAACUUCUCUGUUCUCAACUGCCAGCAGGCCACUCAAAUCAUGUCUCACCAGGGGCAGUUCUUGCACCCGCAAUACAUCGGCUUUGCCCACCCCGUGUCCUCUACCCCGACCUUUUUGGACCCCAACCAGGGAGGAUACAGGCCCCUCCAGUCUCCCUGUCCUCCCACCACUGUUGGAUCCAUCAUAGUCAGUGAGCAGAAGUCUCCUCCAGUAACAGUGUGAUGAGAAACACCUCUGCAGACAGCGUUACUGUUUGAUCCAAAGACUAUUGAAGUUAAUUAAACCUGUGAGCAGAGAUCUGCAGCCAGUAACGAAAACCUGGAUGUCUCAUGAAGGACUUACUGAACCCUUUCCUCCAGGUGUUUAUGUUUCAAAUGACCUUUUUUAGGGAGCAAUGUGUCUUUCUAGAUGCAAAGUGGGACUUAUGCAGCCUCCCAAAUGGGCUAUAACGCACAGUUCAUUGUUGCCUGCAUGUGGUUUUCUCUGCAUGUGUGUUUAUGGAAGGCAAAAAAACAACAAAAAAAACAAGAUCUGCAGCCUCAUAUAUGCCACGAUGAACAGCAGCAGCCAUAGAGGAGGCACAGAUUUUCAAGCAAAGGCUUUCGAGAAUAUGGGAUAUUUUUGCUCACGUUAAAAAUCUGAGGAAAGAAAGCAUGCAGACGGAUGCUGAGGCAGCACUGAGCAAGUAACUGUGAACGAACCCGGUGUGAUGAGAAUUGCAGGUGGUGAGGGGUGAAAAGCUGUUGCAAUCUCCCAGUAGAGCAUUUCAAGUAAUGAAGAGAGCACGGGACGCAGAGUGUGACGCUCCACCCAACCGCACCCCCACCACCACCUCCCUUUUCCCUUGCCACCCAGAAAGAAAAUAAAAACUGCCAGGAACGGAAGCACUCACAGACCCCAAAUAUGACAAUAUUCACACGAGGCUGGAGCUUAAUGUUCCUUAAAUGUGUGAAACAGAACUGAAAGAGCUCUUUGAAGAUUACUGACUUAAUUACACAGGCCUACCAGCCCCCCCUAAACUUCUUUUCUCUUGAGAAAUGUGUUCUUAGCACCGGCACAGCUCACUAGAUUGGCAUCUGGAGCUUGACUCACCAUUUUAUUCUUGAGAAAGGCAACAGUGGUAAAUUACUGGUUAUUGCUGCAGCUGCGGUUACAGUUGCUGAAGAACACGCAACUGGAAGGAUGAGGUGCUUCACUUAGCGCGCCGACCGAAGUGCCACCCCGGCGUUUGGGGAGCUCAUCUGAACAAUUCCUGAAUGAAUCUGUGCGAGGCACAAAUGAAGGGCUGCUCCCUCAAACAUGCAGUAUAGAAGAUGCGGCUGUUUGAAUGCAUUUUGGAAAAUAAACACAAUUUGAAACAGAAA